AUGAGUCUGCCACAAGAGCAAAUACCAUUAAAUUACCUUCGAAUUGUUAAGAAAAUAUGUCCAUGGUCACUUUUAGUCUUGGCUAACAUCCUAGGGAGGAAAUUUUUAAUUAGGAGGUGUGGUGGUGUUAAUAACGCUUUAGGUUUUAACAGGGAAGUCUCUAAAACAUCGAAACCCCCAUGUCAUAUAAUUUGGGUUGUACUAUAUUGGAUGGGUCCAUUAUUUAAUGCUUUAAUUACUGUAUUGUUCAUGUACAUUCUGGACUCAGAAAAGCAAAUUGUUCGACAAUUUAUUCAAUUGACUCAAAAGAAAUACAAACAUGCAAUUGCUUCUCUAUAUACUGUUUUUAGUUUUGAUACCCUGAAGGAAUUGAAAUUAAAACUUGAUGGUUUCAUAAAUAAUAUCUCACAAUCAAUCGGGGAUUGCUUCGAAAUAAAAACGUUAUUUGUUUUGCUUAUAGUUUUUUUCAUUCUCAACUUCAUUAUGGAAUUAAAAAGGUCCCCUAAUUGA